UGGAGCAGGGUGGGCAUGACAUGUGAGCCAAAUCUGCUCAGAUACAACAAACAGCUAAAGUAUGUCUGCGGCAGGGGCGGGUCGACGCUGUGAGGGACCCGACUCAGGUGAAUAAGAGAAAAGCUGAAUUAUCACCUGUUUUGGAGGUUUCUUUAUCUCCAGUGAGGGGACACCGACACGGCGGCUGAAGCGUCCCCGUGCCUCCUUUACCCUGCCUCAGCGCGGCAGGCGUCAAGGUGCCGCAGGAGGGAGAGCCGCUGUUUCGUGAACAACUGGAGCAAGACGUUUCUGCGCAGAUAAACGCCUCGGCUUUACUAAAAGACGGACCCACGGGAGUGGACACCAUGUCAAAGGAGACGAGAGGGAAAGGAAUCCGAAAGCACAGCGCCACACACUGGUGUCUGCAGAACAUUGCACAAGAAUCAGUUGACAGCUCGGAUGAGGAGUUCUUUGAUGCCAGAGCAGAUGUUAUGGAGGGAAAGAGCGCCAUACUGCUCGGCAUGAGUCAGUGGAACUCAAAUGACCUGGUGGAGCAGAUUGAAACUCUCGGACACAUGGAGGACCAGUCACAUGCGGGUCUCUAUCAGCUGGGUGGCCCACGUUGUGCCCCUCAGAGCAGCAUUGAAGGCCUGGAGGACGUAGAGAUGAAAUGUAAGACGCAUGUGCUGCUGCUGGUGGUGCACGGUGGAAACAUCCUGGACACAGCGGGCGGGGACCCCAGCACAAAGGCGGGCGAUGUGGACACCCUGGCCUCGGUGCUGGAGAAAGUGGCUCGUGCACAUUUCCAGGCAGCCGCAGAACACGUGAUGAUCAAGCUGGUGUCGUGUCCGGCUGUGUGCGCAGAAGCCUUCUCACUGGUUUCAAACCUGAACCCGUACAGCUAUGAUGAAAGCUGCGUGUCGAGCAGCGUGGACCACCUCCCCCUGGCUGCUCUCCCGCUCCUCGCCAUCGUCUCCCCCCGCUAUCAGGAUGCCGUGGCGACAGUAAUCGCCCGAGCCAACCAGGUGUACCACAACUUCCUGCAGUCAGAGGACGGCCAAGGAUUCAGGGGUCAGGUCUGCAUGAUGGGGGACUGUGUGGGAGGCGUGCUGUGCUUUGACGCUUUGUGCUUCAGUAACCACCAGAGGCCUGGCAGCCCCAACAACAGCAGCAGGAACAACAGCACCGAGAGCCUGAAGGAUAACUCAGGCCUGCUAGGAGAGUCCAGCCUGAGUACCAGCAAGAGGCUGAGCAAGAGCAACAUCGAUAUCUCUGCACCCAAUGACGGGCACGGCCAAGGUGGGCCGCCACUCAGCCGCAAGCAGAGUGACUCAUACGAUGGAGACACGUUGUCAACGGGACAGCACAGCUUCUUCUCCAGUCUGGAGGUUCGAGGAAGCAGCAGCCCCAGUCUGGUGUUGAACCCUGGCAGAUUUGACUUUGAGGUUACAGACUGCUUCCUGCUUGGCUGUCCGCUGGGCCUGGUGCUGGCUAUGAGGCGCACAGUGCUGCCGACUGUUCAAGUGAGCCAGCUCCAUCCAGCCUGCUCUCAAAUUUUCAACCUGUUUUACCCCUCGGACCCUUCUGCCUCAAGACUUGAGCCCCUGCUGCAGCCCCUCUUCCACAAGCUGCCCCCGUUUGCUGUUCCACGCUACCAGCGCUACCCUCUAGGAGAUGGACGCUCAAUGCUCAUAGCUGAGAGUAUUCAAGGUCAUCCUAAUGUGUUUCUGGAGAGCGAUCAAACUUCAGGAGGUACAGCUUCACAGUCAUCCUCCGAGACAAAGACCGAAGGAGGAGGAGAUGGAGGUCGUAGAGCCAGUGUGACCAGUGUGGAAAGUGAAACGUCAGUUUGCUCCAUGGGCCAGUUGGAGAACACCAUCAGUAACAUUUCCAGCAGCUGGUGGGGCUCCAAGAGGCUGGAUUAUGCUUUGUACUGCCCUGAUGUGCUGACCUCCUUCCCGACAGUGGCUCUGCCUCACCUUUUUCACGCCUCCUACUGGGAGUCCACUGACGUAGCAGCUUUUGUUCUCCGGCAGCUCAUGAGAUGUGACUGUGUGAAGACCCAGGAAGCAGACAAUCUGGACUCGGCUCCGUUCUCUCCCUCCAGCCCACGAGAAAAAUGGCUCAGAAGGAGGACACACGUCAAAUUAAGGAACGUCACAGCCAACCACAGGGUGAAUGACGUCAUCGCCAACGAGGACGGGCCUCAGACCCUGGUUGGUCGCUUCAUGUACGGCCCCUUGGACAUGGUCACUCUAACCGGUGAAAAGGUGGACAUCCUGCUCAUGACACAACCUCAGUCUGGCCGCUGGGUGCAUUUUGACACGGAGGUGACCAACAGCAGCGGCAGGGUCACAUACACAAUCCCCAAGAGCAAGAAGCUCGGCCUAGGAGUCUAUCCAAUUAAAAUGGUGGUCAAGGGAGAUCAAACAAGUGCAGAGGCCUACUUAACCGUGUUGCCACGAGGCAUGGAGUGUGUGGUCUUCAGCAUUGAUGGAUCUUUUGCUGCAAGUGUGUCCAUCAUGGGAAGUGACCCCAAAGUCCGUCCCGGAGCUGUGGAUGUUGUCAGGCACUGGCAGGACCUUGGAUAUCUCAUCAUCUACAUCACAGGCCGCCCUGACAUGCAGAAGCAGCGUGUGGUGUCCUGGCUCUCACAGCACAACUUUCCACAUGGGAUGAUCUUCUUCUCCGAAGGCCUUGUCCAUGAUCCCCUGAGACAAAAGACCAUCUUCCUCAGGAACCUCAUACAGGAGUGUCACAUUAAGAUCAACUCUGCUUACGGCUCCAUGAAGGACAUCUCUGUUUACAACAUGCUUGGCCUUAGCCCCUCACAGAUUUAUAUUGUUGGCAGACCAUCGAAAAAGUACCAAAAUCAGUGUCAGUUCCUAAGUGAGGGCUACGCAGCUCACCUCUCCACACUCCAGUUUGGCCACAGAGCCAGACCCAAGAAGUCUCCUUCGGUUCGUAUGGUGUUGAGAAAAGGCUCGUUCGGUCUCUCAGCCAAGCCUGACUUCCUGUGUAAGCGCACCCACCUACGCAGAACCAUGUCAGUGCAACAGCCUGACCCGCCCUGCACACCCAACCCCAAGCCUGAGCGAGCCCAGAGUCAGCCAGAGUCAGAUAAGGACCACGGUGGUGGAGGAGGAGGAGGUGGAGGAGGAGGCAGGGGAGGUGGGCAUGGAGCAUGGGGUCGGGCCUCCAUGCAUCGUGGAGACACGACUCCCUGACGUCAGAAAAAGAGAAGGAAGGAUUUCAUGAUGGGACAGGAGGGCAAAGGGGUCUUAGUGUCUGGGGCCAAGAGAUUCAUUUCUUCUUUCUGUACAUGUACUUUGGAUCUUCACAGCUCAGCUUUACCUCCUGCUUGGCCCUCUACACUUUACAUCCUCUUCAGAUCUUUUUGUGACCUGCUCGAUGGAUUGCGUCACACAGUCUUUGUGCCUGAUUUUAAGCAGUUACCCUGGAUGGUAACUUUUAUUAUGAAUGUCUGUGGAAGCUCAAUUUGUGUCCAAUUGUAAAAUCAAAAGAAUGUAUUUCAGACAGCAAACACAUACACAUCAGAGGAGAGGUGACAGUCUCCUUUAGACGGCUGUGCUGACAGGUGGUCGUGUAGACAGAUCCUGUUUUACAUCCAUGAUGUAAAUACUCAUUAUACACCCUCCCUGUGUGCGCCUCUGGAAGCACUGUGACACUAAGGCUCAAUAUUUACACAAGCUCUGCAAUCUGGAGCCCAAAUCAACCAAUCUCGCCUGCCUCCAUUACUCCACUGUACUACUGUAAGAUAUCUCCCACAUUUUAUGGCUGGCCGACUACUUCCCCCACCCCUCUCCUCCUCCUCAACCAGUCAGGCAGAACAUGCCUGUAGACAGCCACCUCAUACCAGGAGCUGAAUUGUGCAGUGUGCACCGCUCGGCCCCUGAGGUCGCAUUUGCACUAUCAAAGUACACGGCAGUGUUUCUGACAUACAGCUGCAGAUUGCUUCUGAAACACUGAGUUGUGUUUGUAUUUUAUUGUAUUUGAAGUUUCUGUUUUUCCUGAUGGUCACUGUAACUACUGGACUAAGAAAUGUUUACAGAUUGAUAGACACAGUUGUAAAAGUGAACAGAAAUGUACCUGUGUAAUUCAAAUGGCAGAGUAAUUUCCAUGUGCUGCACCUUUAGAUAGGUUGCUUGAUUGUUGCAGUAGCUUUCAGUACUCCGUACAAUAGAGCCCAUGAAUACGGUUGACUUUCCAACAUUUAAAACAGCUGUGAUGAAAUCUGAUGCUGUCUUGUGCACUGAAGGUUCAAGUCUUACUGUGGUCAUGUUUGAAACUCUGUGAAAGUCACACAUAUUUUUCUAUAAGGAAAUAUUGUAAAAAAUAUUUUCAAUGUAUGUUUUUGAACAUUUUGUUGUCUGACUUGUUGAAUUGUUGAUUUUUGCCUUAAAUUAUUUUUGAUGUCGUGUAAAGAUACAAAAAUUUGUUAGAUUUGUUCAACCAAAGUAUUAAGUUUAAUGUAAUUUAUUGACAAAGUGCAUUUUAUCAAGUAGAUAUUUUGCAUUGACAUGUUUUAGAUACUGUAUAUUUGUGUGCAUGUGUGAGUGUGUGUCUCGGUGUUUGUUGUGGAGUCGUGUUUACCGUGAACAUGAAGACAGCUAUGACAGGGAGGCCAGUGUGAAAAUACCUGUAUGCUCUCACUGCAGCUCACUACUGCCGGCUUUUCAGGAUUGGGCGUGCUUUUUUGUAGCUUUGGAUUGAAGCAGUGUCAGAGGAUUUAGGUUCAGGUUUUAGACCUGCUAAGAAAAAGGGCUUAUGAGUUCUUGGGGUGUCUGAGAGUGGGACAUGUGAGCCAGAAGGAAACUGUCUUUAACUCUUUUUCUUUCAAUGCCUAGGUGGUCCAGUAAUGCCAUUUAAUCACUACUAAGUAUGUUUGGCUCCCUGUAAUUGCAGUGCACUAAUUAGCAUUACUUAGUAACUGUACAAUAUUGUAAAAACAAUACUGGAAUAUUUAACUCCAUUUUGUUUUGCAUUUUAGAUUAUUUCAAGAAAACUGUCAUCCAAACAGCCAAAUGAUCAUCCCCAUCGAUGCAUAUGCACUUAUCAAAGUCACCCUGUGAGCCUGUACAACAAAUACUGACAUAUCUCUGCAUAGCUAUGACACACUAGAGGGGUGAAAUAUUGAAGCUGGGCAACAUUUCAGUACAGCAGUGUUAGUAAAUGGCAAAUGAUGACCUAAUGGUUAAAUGGUGAUUGUUCUGUGCAUGUUAAUUAUUUGAUAUUUUUCAGUAAUUUUUCAUAUUUCUAGUCCUUUUAACUAAUAGAGUAGUUAUCUGUAAAUACUUGUUAAAAAAGUCCAUCAUGGAUGUAAAACAACCCACAAAUAAGUUUAGUUUAAUACGUUUAUGAUGAAUAAGGAAGGAAACAUUCACUUUUACUUCCACUUACUUUUACCAAAGCUUAGAGACACUGACAGACCAUAUAAAUCCCAUUCUGAAUUCUUUAAUCAACGUACUAAGUUUUUCAAAUGAUUAGUAUUCACAAAAUCAUGACUUAACUAUUGGGUAGUAACCUACUGAUAAUUUGCCAUUUAUUAACAGUAUGUAUGACUAAAUAAGCCUCAAUAAGUUAUGCAUUGUUGUAGUCUUAUUAUCAGUCUAAUAAGCAUUCAACACUGGCCUUUUAACAACUAAAAAAAGAUCUUGGUUUCAAAGCUACAAAGCUUUUGUUUUGUACAGAUCUCCUGUGAUGAUUGUUAAUGUGUUUAAUGGACCCAGUCCAUCUGUCAUGAUUGCAUUAAUAAAGAUAUUUCACAGUGGGAGGGUUU